AUGCCAGCGAGGUCACUAAGAUCUGCUGCGCCGGCAGCCGGGCCACGAAAGUGUGUCCGUGCCCGAGUCCGAAUGUCUCGAAAUGGACCCCAUCCCGGUCUAUGUUGGCGUCGGCCAGACGGCCGUGACUCUGCACUACCGAAUCCCAGCCGUACACACGCACCAUAUAUCAAGCGCAACAGUCAUCCGCAUCGACCAGAUGUUGCCGCGGCCGAGCAGCCAGUCGGUGAUGUCUAUAUGGAUGCGUGCCAGAGCGUUGUCGAAUAA